ACCUGGAGUGAUCAGCAGGAGAAACAUGACAACAUAUACUGACAAAGGCGAGAAGCAUGAGCAGGGACAGAUGCUCUGCUUUGAUCACUUGAGAUUCUGGGUUGGGAAUGCAAAACAGGCAGCAUCAUAUUACUGCAAUAAAAUGGGAUUUGAGCCCUUCGCUUACCAGGGUUUGGAGACAGGCAGUCGAGAUGUCGUGUCGCACGUCGUCAAACAAGGAAAGAUCAUUUAUGUGUUCUCAUCUGCCCUGAAUCCUGGAAACAAAGAGAUGGGAGCUCAUUUAGUCAAGCAUGGGGAUGGAGUGAAAGACAUUGCAUUUACUGUGGAAAACUGUGACUUCUUAGUGCAGAAAGCCAAAGAGCGAGGAGCAGUAGUAGUCAAGGAGCCCUACAGUCUGGAGGACAAGCAUGGGAAAGUCAGACUUGCUGUGUUGCAAACAUACGGCGACACCACACACACAUUAGUGGAAAGAACAGGAUACAGCGGUUUGUUUCUACCAGGCUUCCAACCGCCUCUAUUCAAGGACCCCUCGUUAGUCAAAUUACCAGAGGGAAAACUGAACUUUAUCGAUCAUGUUGUGGGGAACCAACCAGACGAUGAAAUGGUUUCAGUGGUGGAAUGGUACAGGAAGAACCUCCUCUUUCACCGUUUUUGGUCAGUGGAUGACAAGCAGCUGCAGACUGAGUUCAGUGCUCUUCGCUCCAUUGUUGUGGCCAACUAUGAAGAGACUGUAAAGAUGCCAAUCAACGAACCUGCAAUGGGCAAAAAAAAGUCUCAAAUCCAGGAGUAUGUGGAGUACUAUGGAGGUGCAGGAGUGCAGCAUAUUGCCAUGAACACAUCAAAUAUCAUCACAGCAAUUAGAAACCUAAAAGAGCGUGGAACAGAGUUUAUGUCUGUGCCGGACACCUACUACGACCAACUGCGGGAGAAGUUAAAACACUUCAAGGUGGAAAUUGAAGAGGAUUUGGAUGUCCUGCAGGAGCUGAAGAUCCUGGUGGACUAUGACGACAACGGCUACUUACUUCAGAUCUUCACUAAGCCAGUUCAGGACCGACCCACUGUCUUCUUGGAAGUCAUUCAAAGACAUAAUCACCAGGGCUUUGGUGCGGGAAACUUCAAGGCCCUUUUUGAAGCCAUUGAAGCUGACCAACAAGCCAGAGGAAAUUUGACCAUCCUGACACCCAAUGGUGUGACUGACCAAUAUCAUGUGAUCCAUUAACAAACAUAUUACCAGUGAGUGUAUUUGGGUUUUUUUUGUGUAAUAUAUGUCGACCUCACUUAUGGUUUACCCUCGGAUAGUAUCCAGCUCACCUGUGAAACUAAUGAGGACAAGCCGUACAAGGUAAAUUGAAUGUACAGGUAGCGUUGAGAAGCGCGAUCCAAACACACAGCCAAUGUAGGCCUAACUGAUUCUGGUACUUUUCAUGAUGUCUUCUUACAAUUUAUUUUAAAUCUCUGGGGUUAAAAUAACUUUUUGAAAACAUUUCUGAGUCUUGACUGCACACUAUUGAAAAGGGUGUGUUAUGAUAUCAGAUCAUACAGUUUUGUAUACAACAUUUUUUUUUUGUUUUGUUUGAGGAAUACAAAAAAUUAAACAAUGGCUACAUUAUACAUACUUUGGUGUUUGCCUUUACAAUGUCUGACUGUAUUUACUUUGAUUAAAUCAUUGACAAAAGUACUCAUAGUACAUUUUAUGAUACAGUAGCUUAUAAGUGCUGGUUAGAAAAGUUCCUGAUUGGUGCAGCUCUCACCUUUUGUCCAA